UUUCCAUUUAUAUUGAAAAACUUUAUUAACUACUACCCCAAAAUUGAGUACUCGCUCACUCACUCACCACUCAGCACAGCAGUGACAAAAAAGUGAAGGAUAAUUUCUCUCAUGCCUUCGUUUCCUCAUCCUGGUUCUGUCACCAUCUGUGAAAUCAAUCGAGACCUCAUUACCGCAGAGAGCCUCUCAGACGAUCGAGCCAAAGACACCUAUGCCAAACUUCUUGGAAUGGUGUUCAGCCCGGUUCCAUUUCAGUCAAAUCAGGUGGUGCCGCCGAGUUCUGAGCAGGACACAGAACAGCAAGGAAAGGGUUUAAUAUCUGCAUUUCAGGGGAUUCUCAAUGACUCCCUCAACCGCAUUUUUCAUCCUAAUCAUGUAAACUUGUUACCAGAGGUUGAUCUUCAUGGAGUAAGCUGGCACCAACAUAAGCAUAUUAUUGCAUUUAUAUCUGGGCCAAGUCAAGUCAUGGUUCGUGACUAUGAGGAUUCAGAGGGAAAGGAUCCCUGCAUUUUGACCAACGAGUCACAAAGAGAUGUUAAAGUACUUGAGUGGAGGCCAAACAGCGGGAGGGUGCUUUCUGUAGCAUGCAAGGGCGGAAUUUGUAUUUGGGCUGCUUCUUUCCCAGGCAAUGCAGCAUCUGUGAGACCUGGUGCUGUUUCCUUCUUGGGAACCAACUCUAGGGGCUCUGGAGUCCGAUAUAUUCUGGUGGAUUUUCUUCGAAGUCCUAAUGAUGAACAAAUUAGUGCACUGUCAUGGAGUCCAGAUGGAAGAUAUUUGGCAUCCGCCUCUUAUGAGAGCUCAUCAUUUACCGUAUGGGAUGUUGCUCAAGGUGUGGGGACACCCAUUCGACGAGGAUUAGGGGGUAUUUCAAUGAUGAAGUGGUCACCUACUGGUGAUUACUUUUUUGCUGCAAAAUUUGACGGGACAUUUUAUCUUUGGGAAACAAACACAUGGACAUCUGAAACAUGGUCUUCAACUAGUGGAUUUGUCACGGGAGCAGCAUGGGAUCCUGAUGGGCGUAUGAUACUAAUUGCUUUCUCAGGGUCGUCAAUGUUGGGAUCUGUACACUUUGCAUCAAAGCCUCCAUCAUUAGACGCGCACCUAUUGCCGGUUGAUUUGCCUGAGAUAAUGUCUUUGACUGGCAGUCAGGGCAUUGAGAAGAUAGCUUGGGAUGCUUCAGGAGAGCGAUUGGCUGUAUCUUACAAAGGUGGGGAUGAACUAUACAGGGGUCUGAUUGCCAUAUAUGAUGCUAGAAGGGCUCCCCUACUUUCUGCGUCACUAAUUGGGUUCAUUAGAGGACCUGGAGAAAAUCCAAAGCCAAUGGCAUUUUCAUUUCAUGACAAGUUUAAGCAGGGACCAUUACUUUCUGUGUGUUGGAGCAGUGGAUUUUGCUGUACCUACCCCCUUAUAUUUCGUUCUCAUGUUCUUCCCUAGUUUAGGUUCUGUUUGAAUUUUUUUCAGUACUGCAAAUUGAUUUUGCAAUCCAAGAGGGUUUGUAUACUUAACACACACACCCAAAAAAAAAAAUCGAUGAGGUCUUUGUAUCAUAACCGUUUAGUUUUGAUAUUUUGUAUGGUUAGCAUUUUGGAGGUACCCCGAUUUCUAGAAA